AUGCAUGAAGAAACAGUUAAGAAAAAUGAAAAGGCAUUCAACAAGGUGUACGACUCUUGGAAGGAGCUAGCAAAAGAAAUUAGGAAGACGUUAAAGAAUUUCUGCUCAACUGAAGACCUUGAUACAAGACUGAAGGAGAUUAAAGCCAAAGAAGC